AUGAAUCAGACGAUAAACAUAGAUCAGCUGAAUUCGGCUUUAACGUCGCUCAGAACGCUACGCUCCAGUGUCAGUCAUGUCUUUGAAACACUAUCAAAUGGUUUACGAGCUGACCACGGUGAAGAUGGAAAGGAUAAGUUCCUCUCAGAGCUACAGGAACUGCUCAACAACGUUAAUAUAAACGUAAGAGAUUUAGAACAGACCGUAAACGGUCUACCAAUACCCACCGCGCCUUUUAACCUCGGCAAUACUACAUUUCUUAGCCAAGACACAACACAAGACCGACAGGCUUUGUACACGCAGUUAGUCAACAGUUACAAAUGGACAGAUAAAAUUCACGAAUAUAGCUCCUUUGCGCAUACUUUACUCAGCCAGAACUCCUUGAAAAGAUCAAAUAUUAACUCUGGUAACACGAAACGACGCGGAAAAUUGCAAAGCAACCAUAACGUCGCGCCACUACAAGUAGACAACGUAAUAAAUAACAUAGAUAGAUCCUACAACGAUAUGAAGAUCACUAUAUCGCGACCUUUCGCAAGUAACGCAGUCGUUCAGAUUAACUUAAGCCAUGUUUUAAAAGCUGUUGUUGCUUUCAAAGGCCUAUUAAUGGAAUGGGUGAUGGUUAAAGGCUAUGGUGAAACACUUGAUCUUUGGACAGAAUCACGCCACAGUGUAUUCCGGAAAGUCACAGAAAAUGCUCAUGCAGCAAUGCUGCACUUCUAUUCCCCUAUGCUACCUGAGCUGGCAGUCAGAUCUUUCAUGACAUGGCUACAUAGCUAUGUAAAUCUUUUUAGUGAUCCCUGCAAACGAUGUGGAUGCCACUUGCAUCAUACAUCAAUUCUGCCCCCAGCUUGGCGUGACUUUCGCACCCUUGAACCAUUUCAUGAUGAGUGUAAGCAAUAG